CUCUCCCCCGCCUGCGCUGUCCACGAUGGCCUACCUCGCCUACGGCACGGGCCUCGGCCUCUCGCUGUCCACGACGCUGGCGCUCUACCUCAUCUUCACCGGCUCGGGCUCGGCCUUUGCCAUCGGCACGUUCCUCGAGGAGACGAGCCCCUACACGUGGGCCAUGAUGGGCAUCGGCAUGUGCAUCGGCCUCAGCGUCGUCGGCGCCGGCUGGGGCAUCUUCAUCACCGGCUCCUCAAUCCUCGGCGCAGGUGUGCGUGCGCCGCGCAUCACGACAAAGAACCUGAUCUCCAUCAUCUUCUGCGAGGUCGUCGCCAUCUACGGCGUCAUCAUGGCCAUUGUCUUCUCCGCCAAGGUGUCGGGCACGCUGACGACGCCCGAUGGCCUGUACACACCCGACAACUACCUCACCGGCUUCGCGCUCUUCUGGGGCGGCCUCACCGUCGGCUUCUGCAACCUCUUCUGCGGCGCGGCCGUCGGCGUCACGGGCGCCAACGCGGCUGUCGCCGAUGCGGCAGACCCGCAGCUCUUCGUGCGCAUCCUGCUCAUCGAGGUGUUCAGCAGCAUUCUCGGCCUCUUUGGCUUGAUUGUUGGUCUCAUCAUGACAAGCAACGCAAAAGCCUUUGCUUGAUGUCGCCAUGGCUGGCCAGCGACUGCCACACGCUGGGCUCUGGGCAGGGCGCUGGUUCGACAGGAGGAUCUUAAUGCGAUACAGCUGCG